CUGGCAUUGAACUCUCUGAUUCACCCUUAUUGCUGACCUGCGUAAUCUGUUGAUCCUGCCUGCCGCGCUUCGGGCCCUCUCAACUCCACCGCUAAUACCUAUAAAAGGCACGCCCGACAGACGCUGCCCGUACCACCAAUCUCCUCACCUCACCCACCGUCGACAGUACCGCAUCAGCAAGCCCCAGACUACAACCUCACUACCUACCACCAAUCAACCGCACAACAUGUCUGCUCGAACCGUCUUGGUGAUUGGAGGUAGCUGGGCCGGCAUCAGCACCAGCCAUUACUCCCUCAAGCACAUCCUUCCUACACUCCCCAAGGAGGAUGGCGUCACCUACAAUGUCACGAUGGUCACUCCCUCGAAGGACUUCUACUGGCGAGUUGCGGGCCCCCGUGCCUGUAUCUCCAGCGAGCUUCUCCCCGAGAGCAAGUACCUGUACCCCCUCGAGAAAGAGUUCGCCAAGUAUGGCACCAGCUUCAAAUUUGUUCAAGGCACGGCUACGGCACUGGACACCGCCGCUCGCACUGUCACCGUCUCUACUGUUGGCGGCGCGACCGAAUCCAUUCCAUACUACGCUCUGAUCCUCGCCGUUGGCACCCAUACUCCUGCCCCCUUCCUGUCUCUUCAGACCGACUCUGAGGCUGUGAAGACCGACCUCGACAACUUCCGCAAGACGCUUCCAACUGCAAAGACCAUCGUAAUUGGAGGUGGUGGACCUGUCGGUGUCGAGGUUGCUGGCGAGAUUGCGGAGUUCUUCAACGGCACGCCAGGCUGGUUUGCGCCGGCCAAGCCAGCUCACCCCAAGGCCCAGCUCACCCUCAUCUGCGCCGACAAGAAGCUGCUGCCCGUCCUCCGGGAAGCUCUCGCCAAGACGGCGGAGAAGUACCUCAAUAGGAUGGGCUGCGACGUGGUCUACGGCACCCGCGUUGAGUCUACAACCCAGACUGCCGACGGCAAGACCACUGUCUCGCUCAGCGGCGGCAAGACCAUUGAAGCGGACCUUUACGUCGACGCCACCGGUGCGCGCCCCAACACCGGUUUCCUCCCGAAAACUCUCCUCAACGAAAAGGGCUUCGUCGAUAGCGACAAAACUCUGCGCGUGACCGCUGCCGGCGAGCGUGUCUACGUCCUUGGCGACUGUGGCUCCUAUACUCGUGGCGGCAUUAUGGACAUGUGGGAAGCACUCCCGAUCGUGGUGGCCAACUUGAAGAAGGAUCUCAGCGGUGCUGAGGUUCCGGACAAAGAGUACAAGGCCAAUCUCGCCGAGACCCAGGUUGUGCCGGUCGGCAAGAGCAAGGGGGUUGGUGCUUUCGGUGGCUGGAAGCUCCCGUCUGUGAUGGUGGCCAUCGUCAAGGGUAAGGACUAUCUUGCCAGCCUGGCGCCCCCAAUUGUUAGCGGCAAGCAGUGGGACAAGGCUUUCAAGUGAGCGUGACGGAUGCGAUGGAUGCGCACGGAGUGGUCGGAUAGAGUCCCCAUGUGGGCAUAUGUCUUUGGUGGUAUGUGGUAAUAUGCUCAACUAUGUCUUGAGCGACAGCGACGCGAUGUAAAAGGGGAUGUGGGCGGAUAGUGGUCACGAUACCCGGUGCGGAGCAUUUGGAGUUUUCCUCAGAGGUUCGAAUGGGCCGUUUUGGCCCCUGCUGUGUGCCUUCGUCCUGAGCCUUUUGGCAAUGCUAUGGCACGGCGCUGGGUUGUUGGAGCGGACAUCCCAAUGCACGAUGCUUAGUUUAGAACGAAUACAGAAACUCCUAAACACGAGA